CCAACAUGAGGGCUACCACUGCACAGAAGCGCUUUAUGGCGCUGAUCCUUCUAGCAGCACCCCAAAUAUCCUCAGCGAUCUCAGCAGGAGACCCAGACACGAUUUUUCAGUCUUUCAACAACGCUCUCCUCAUCAGAUCAGGGAGCGAUGUAUACUACAAAACCAGCCUAAACAACGAUACGCCAGACCCAUCGUGGUCCGGUGCCCUCAACAUCCUCGUCGCAGAAGACGCGUACGAGCGCACCGGCGACGCGGCCCAGAGACCACUGGUCAAUGAGCUUUGCACGACUUGGCUGAAGAAGAACCCGCCACCGUGGACGUGGAACUGGUGGAAUGAUGAUCUGGGGUGGUAUACAAUGGCGCUUACACGUGGUUACCUCAUCACUGGUACCCAAAGUUUCUUGGACCAAGCGAAGUAUGGGUUUGAUCUUGCGUUCACGCGAGGUUGGGACACUCAGUAUAAUGGGGGUGGUAUUUGGGAAGAGAACCCUGAAGGUACGGUGGGGGAUGGGAAUAAGCUCAGUAAGGAGGCUCUGGCGAAUGACAGUUUGGGUAAAGUCGCCUGUCUACUAUACCAGGCUACGCACGAUAGGGGCUAUUUGGACAAAUGCCAGCAAAUUUACGGCUGGGUAACAACGCACAUCUACGACGCCGAUACAGGCCAGAUCUACACAGGCGUAGAGCCGGAUGGUAAACUCAACAAAGCGGCCGCAGCAUAUAAUCAAGGCACGUUCCUAGAUUUUACUGAAACGUUGUAUAUGUGCAAAGGCAACACGAGUGUCAGAGCAAUUGGUCAAAAAGCACUCGACUACCUAAAGACGAACAUCGCGAAGAACGGCGUUCUCAGCGGUAACAACGACCACACCUGGGCUGACGAAGCGGCGCGAGGCGCAGGCAACUAUAUCCGCAAUCACCAGCUCUGGGACAAAUACUACGACUGGAUGGUCCAAAAUGCUGAUGCGAUCAUGAAGAACCGUCGCUCCGACCUUGGUAUCACGGACAAUGCAUGGGACCGGCAAACCCCCAACGACAAUACCGCGCUCGCGAAUAAGUUCGACAGCGCGACCGCAUGGCUGCAAUACACACCAACCACCAAGCCAGGAUCCAUCGCAGGGCUACACUACGUGGUCAACCAGAAGACGGGGCUUCUCCUCGACAAUGGCAACAAGGACACAAAAGACGCCGUCGCUAUGCAAUGGGGGAGAAACGGCGGUCAGAACCAGCGCUGGCAUUUUUCGCAAAACGCGGAUGGUUCGUGGAAUAUCAUCAGCAUGUCGAGCUUCAAUGCGCUGGACUGUCCUGCAGGGAAACCUGGGAAUGGGGUGCAGAUGGUACAGUGGCCGCGCAACAGGAAUUCCAAUCAGCGGUGGCUUCUAGAGCAGCAAUCGGAUGGCGCGUGGCAGAUUAAAAACCAGGCCAGUGGCGGAUCUUUGGAUGGAGCCUCGAAUUCUACGAAUGGUGCGCCUGUGGUUCAGUGGACUUGGGGGGCUGAGUCGCAGCAGAAGUGGCUCCUUCAGCCUGUAUGA